UAUCAGAAUAAAAAAGAACUUCUUACUAGUAUUGAAAAUAUGUACAGUCUAUUCUAUACAUUAUCUAAAGAAGAGCGACCUAUGGCUGAAGAAGAAAUUGACAAAAUAAUAGAAGAGCUAAUUGCUAAUGAUAAUAUUGAAUAA